AUGGAGCACGAUAAAGGAUUAGCUAUAGUGCUUAUGGGUGUCAGUGGUUCCGGAAAAACAACAAUAGGAGGAAUGUUGGCAAAAGUGCUAAAUGGGUGUUUUCUUGAUGCCGAUGAUUUCCACCCACAGUCGAAUAAAGACAAGAUGAGAGCCCGGAUCCCUCUGUCGGACGAGGACCGAAUUCCCUGGCUUGAAACUCUACGUGACGCCCUAAAAGCAAGCUUAGCAAAAGGUGAAAUCGUGAUCCUUGGAUGCUCCGCAUUGCAAAAGCAUUACAGAGAAAUACUCAGAUGUGGGGAUUCGGAUUAUUCUCCGGGCUCGUACUCAUCUGAUGCCGUAAAAUUCGUUUUGUUGAAUGUUGGGCCUGAGGUUCUUGUGGCCCGGUUGGAAAAACGAGCAACGCAGGGAAAUCAUUUCAUGCCUCCUGAACUCUUGCAGUCUCAGUUAGAUUUAUUACAUAUUGAUGAAUCCGAGGGUGUACUCAAAGUCGAUGCCUCGUUUGAUCCUCACGAAACUCUGAAAUCCGUGCAAGAAUUGAUCUCCUCCCAUUCAUCCUUCCCUCUGAUAAAUUUUUGA